AUGUCCAAUCAUACUUCUGUGGGUGAAUUCUUGCUUCUGGAAUUUUCGAACACACGGGAGCUGCAGCUCCUACAUUUUGCCACAUUUCUUCUUAUAUACUUGACAACUCUGGUAGGAAACCUUCUCAUCAUUACGACUGUAGGCCUUGAUCACAACCUCCACUCCCCUAUGUACUUCUUCCUUGCGAACCUUUCCUUUCUUGACAUCUCCUAUAUCUCUGUCACCAUUCCCAAAUCCAUGGUGAACUCUUUGAUCAACUCCAGACAGAUUUCCUACUCAGGGUGUGUUGCUCAGGUCUACCUGGUCAUCACUUUUGCAGAUGCAGAAUUGUUCUUACUCACAGCAAUGGCUUAUGACCGCUAUGCUGCAAUCUGCCACCCCUUGUAUUACAGGGUGCUCAUGAGCUGGUGUGUGUGUGUAGAAAUGGCAGCUGGUUGCUGGAUUGGUAGCAUGCUUUAUUCUGUUGUGCAUACAACUAAUACCUUCAGGUUAUCCUUCUGCAAAUCUAACACCAUUGGACAGUUUUUCUGUGAUGUCCCACAACUGCUGAAGAUCUCUUGUUCGGACACGUACGUCAAUGAUAUCUUAAUGUAUGUCCUGGGUUAUUCAUUGGCAUCUAUGUGCUUUUCUAUCAUACUAGUUUCCUAUGUUUACAUCUUCUCCACUGUGCUAAAGAUCCCUUCUACCCAAGGAAGGUACAAAGCCUUCUCCACCUGCCUCCCACACCUAAUCAUUGUCUGUUUGUUUCUGGGCACUGGAGCUUUUACUUAUACAAGACCAAGGUCAGCAUCCUCAGUUGGUCGAGACCUUGUAGCUGCUGUUCUCUAUUCUGUGGUGCCUCCAUUGAUAAAUCCCAUCAUUUACAGCUUAAGGAACAAAGAACUAAAGGGGGCUUUGAGAAAAUUAAUUAAAAAACUGAAGCCCCUACAAUGA